AUGGCUUCGCAGGCGCAGUUGAGGAAGCAGCAAGAACUUCAGACCACAUACCAGAAUCACAAGACCACGUUACAGACUAUAGCCUCGAAGAUUGGCGACAUUGAGCAAGAGGCAGAAGAGCACAAGCUCGUAUUGGCGACACUAGAACCUCUUCCAGGCGACCGGAAGUGUUUUCGCAUGAUCAAUGGUGUCCUGACUGAACGAACCGUUCAGGAAGUCGUGCCCAUCCUACAAACCAACUCAGAUGGCUUGAAGAAGGCGCUAGACGAACUAGUCAAGCAAUACAAGUCGAGGCAAGAUGAGAUGGAGAAGUGGAAGAAGAAGAACAACAUCCAAGUCGUCCAACAGCCCCAGUAG